UUUACAGUCGAAUGAUAGUUAGUUGUCGUCUGUCGAACGUAAACAUCGUAGGACUACAUUUGCUGUUUAAAUUCAGUCUACCGUUGGAAUAUGGAAACAUAAAAAUCGCAUAUGCAUUUGAAGUAUGGAGACAAUGGAGAGCCAUCCAGAAUUGAAUAAUUUACCAAGAGAAUCUUCAGAACUGCCUGUACUCGAUCAACAAAAUGUUGUAAAAGAGGAAUCUGGUCAUGACCCUAGAGAAUUUGAAGAAAACCCAGAAGAUAAAAACAAUUUAGCACCGUUAAGAGACUCUGAAACAUCAAGUAUUAAAGUUAUAAAAAAGAAAAAGACUGCUGCAUUUCAAGCUCCGAAUAAGAACAUUGGUGAUGCAGUUGGGAAAACAAAAACUCAGAAGAAUAAAGAAAAGAAAUCCAAGAAGAGCGUAGAUCUGGCGGAAAAGGGAUUACAAGACAACUUGAAGAAUAACAAGGAUGAAAAAACAGGAAAGAAAAAGAAAUCUAAAAAUUCAGGAGACACAAAGGAAGGUGUUGAAUCAAAAGAAGUAAAGCCAAAGAAGGCCAAGAAAUCAAAAAAGGAGAAUGACGCUGACACAGAAAAAGAUUCUAUGAAGGAACCAAAUUUGAUCGGUGAUUCUCAGGUUCCUCCUUCUGAUAAUUCAGUUCUGGAACCAAACUUAACUGAAUGCAAUAAUGAUGGCAUUGCAAAAGAUGUUAAGAAGAAAGAGACGAAAAAAACUAAGGAUAAAGGAAAUGACAAAGAACCUGCCAAAUCCUUGUCGGAUGAAGAGUGGGAGCAACUAUUCCAGUCUGCCAUUGACCGAGUCUUGAACACACCAUUAGACCAAUUAGUUACACAAGAUAAAGAAAUUGUACGUAAUAAAACCACACAGAACAAGGUUGAGGUGGAGGAAAGGGAAUGUUGGAAUAUGGAUGUAGAAGAUGAUCCUCAGAACACCAGUGAUGUGGCAGUCAGUAUACUCAAUGACAAACAGAGUGUAGGUCCAGACCAAGUACAGGAGAACUCCAGAGACCAUGAUUUUCCUAUUGAGGAUCAACAUAUACAAAUGAUAGAAUGCGCAGAAGUGCAGGAGUUGAAUGAGAACACACCUGAGGGAAGUGAAUUGGAGUUCAAUGGUGAGGAGGACAAGAAGCACCAACAUACCCCUGUUGUCCUGUUGAAGAAGGCAGUAAAGAAAGCUGAUAGGAGCAGUGCUGCCAAAGUUCUUGCACCUAGACAACUACAGUUUCCAAAACCCACAAAAAAUUCUGAAAAGCAAGGAAAACAGAAGGGAAAAAAAGAAAAAAGCGAAGUUAGUGAUGUGUUAAAGGAAAAGAUGAAAAAUCUCCCAGAAAAAAGCGAAAUAACCGCGGAUCAUCCCCCAAGAAGUAAAAAACAGUUGUUGAUGGAAAGAGAAAUUGAAGAAACAGGAACUUGGGUACAAUGUUCCAAUACCACCUGCAAGAAGUGGAGAUUUCUGCAAGACAUCAAUGACCCUACUGAAAUUGAUGAAAAGUGGAUUUGUGAAAUGAACAAAGACACAACUUAUAACAGCUGUGAAAAGAAAGAGCAGGCUUAUGACGAAUCUGAACACUUCUACACCAAAUAUUCCGAGGGCAGUGUUGUGUGGGCCAGGAUGGUUGGUUAUCCUUGGUGGCCAGCUAUGGUGGAGAUUGAUCCUGAUACAGAAACAUUCUUUGAACUUGUAUCGGAAAACAGCAUGUUUCCAAGUCACUACCAUGUGGUGUAUCUAGAUAACAAAGUAUCCCGUGCCUGGGUUAAAGCCUCGGCGAUUCUACCUUUCCAUCGAGGGAGUGAGGAAUUAAACAAGAGCCUCUAUUUGACAAAAAAAUCCAAAGGACCAAAUUUUAAGAAAGAAGUUGAUGCAGCCAAACAAAAUGCAUUGGCUGCUCUUGAACUCCCAACUAAGGAGAGACUGAAACAGUUCAGCUUCAGUGCUCGUUUUAAAGGCAAAUGGGCAGAGGAGGAGACAAAAAGCAGUAAAGUGAAGAAACAUUGUAGAGUGAAGUUGACGACAAAGAAAAUCAAAAACAAAACAAAGAAGCCAGAGGAACAAACAACUGGAAAAUCUGUGGUAAACCAUGACUUGGAAAUGUACAUGUUGGACACGUCUACUGUAGAUGAAAUGCUAUCUGAGGAACCAGAUUCAAUCCUGAAGGGAAUUGAAGAUGUGUUAGAUUCUCUUGGAAGUAAUAUUUUGAGUGAUGAUAAUGAGUACAUUCCAACAAAUUCUGAACAUGAGGACACAGUAUCUACAGAGAUCAGGAGGGAUGUUUCUCCAGCGAAGGAAUCUAAAGGUAAAAAGAGGAAACACUCGAGCAAGCAAGGAGAAAAACCUGUCUCCAAGAAAUCUAGACAACAGAAAAUUGAAGGAGUACCCAGAAAAGAUUCUGACGAUAACAAGAAGCAAAAGGUGAAGAAAAACAAGAAACUUGCAGUGAAAAAAGUCGAGAAUAAAAGUGAUUCUUUGGUGAGACAAUCAGUAGGAUUAGCAGAAAUGAAAACCAAAGUUUCCAAUGUUUCAGAAAGUGACACUUGUGUGGAGAAAAUUGAAGACUUAUCCGGGGAAAAUUUAGUGAAAUCUACCACUACAACAAUGAAGUUUGACAGUGAUAUUUUCACUAUGGAACUAGAUGAUGAAGAGUUGAAUAAUCAUCCCAAGAAGAAGAGCACUUGUGUGACUAGCAGUCCCCCUGUCACACCUGAGAGAAAAAGCAAAUCAAAACCAGUGGCAAUAACAAUGAAAAAGAAAUCAAAGAAAAAUCUCUUUGCAGUUCCUGAUGCAACUUCUAAGGGGAGACCAGAUGAAAAUUUCAAAAACAGUUCUGAUGACAUAGUGUCCCCAAAGAAGCCUUUGGAAAAUGAAUCAUCUGUGGACUCAGAAUUAACCUCAGAAGAAAUUUCACAUAAGAAUGAUGUAAAGUGUUCAUCAACAGAUGAAAAGAAUGUGAAUAUGUCUUCAAAAAAGAAAGCCUGCCCAAAAAAGGUCUCCUUUUCAGCACCUGCUACAGUGACUAUCGAAGCGAAGGCAACUGUAAUGCCUGUGAACAAGGAAGGGGAUCUUGUGUCUUUUACAGAUGAGCAAACAGUGCCAGAUAUGCAGACACAAGAAUCGGACAAUGAGGACGAUUUCUCCUUAGACCUACCCGUAUGUGACCAAAAGUCUGAAAUACAAGAGGUCAGAAUAACAUCAGUGUCUACCUUGCCUGUAGCAGUGGACACUGAGGAUGUGUACGACUCGGAUCCAUUUGAUUUGAUGGAAGAAUGAUUGAUAUCUAAUGCAUAUAAAACAAAAGGUUGCAUUUCUAAUUUGAAAGUAGCAACAAUCCACAUACCUAGGGCUAUUCUAGUAAAAUAUCUACCCAACAGGAGGACUGGAGGUUGGCCAAACAGGGAUCAAAAACAGAAAUGAUUAAAUUAAAACAUUGCCUUAAAAUAUGAUAAAUAUAUUUUAUUCUCCACCCGACAUUAGUAGAAUUUCUUUAUUAAUGGAAUUCUGUUAUAGGAAAUGUAAUUUACUGGAAUAGCCCUAUAUGGCUAGCUUUAAGAAAACAAACUGUUGAAUUUAGUUUAAUUUGAGCUAUUUCCCACCUUUAAGUUUUGUUAAAUUAUAUAGGUCUGAAAUACAAGUUAAAUCGUAUUAAUCUUUAAAUGUACAAAACAAAUAACGUUUAAUGAAGAUUAAUACCAAUCAAUUGCUUAUAUUGAUAUUCAACCAAGUAAUUUUGAACAUUUCUGAGAGAGAGACUUGAAAUUCAUUUUAUAUAUUUUGUUCAGCUUAUAUGUAGUAUUUCAAUAGUAUUUCUGAGAUUCUUAAAUUCUUAAACUUUUGGGAAAUUAGUUAAAUGUCAAAUACGUAAUUUUAAAAUACAGACCAAAAUAUUAACUGUAAAUAACAUUAUCUUUACAAAUUUUUUUUUUCAAAAUGAUUGUAUACAUUGUACUUAUACAUAUUCAGUUGAGGGUGUAAGUUGCCAUAAGUGCCUUUUCUAUACACAUUUUAUGCAAAAUCAAAAUUGCCCUGCCAUCAUAUAGUUUCUCCAUGUAGAAGUAUUUGAAGAGAUGGCAAGUAAAAACUUGAAAUAUUAUAGAUCCAUCCUUUUGACUAUUACAGCAUAUAUAGACAUUGAAAAUUGGAAGAUGUCAACCCACUUUGUUAUUAAUUGAAGGGGGAAAAAAUCACUAUUAUCACGAGAAAGGCCGUUCCACUUUCUUCAAAAUCCUAGAUAUUUCAUAACAUUUAUGUUAUGGAAUUGUUAUAAUCAGUUUUCCAAAUAAUUUGUAUAAAGGAAAACAAAAAUCUUGGAUAAAAUGAAAGUAAUAUCAUUUUUGUGUCAAAAGUCAGCCAAAAUUACUAUAAAAAAACUUUGGUAAUUAAAGAGGCAUUCCUUCGUUCGGACAUCAGAAACGUGCAAAGUUUCUAUUGAUAAAAUCUAUGCCCAAAUGAGGAUUAUAUGAGUUUUUGAAUAUAUUUUGAGUAUAUGAAUAUACAGAAAAAUGACGUUUCGUACACAAAUGACAUCUGCCUUUGCGGUAAUUAGUGAUACUUCGGGUCAAAUUAAGAAUUUUUAUUAUUUAUUUACUGCUUGCGAAAAAUACACAUUGCCCAAUUAGUUUCAUUUUGAUGACAUACACUUUGUUCAAACGAAGGAAUGUCCCUUUAAGAUAGCAAAAGACAUGAUUCAGCCUGUUAAGCAUACAAGAGUGUUAAGUACCAAGGAGAAAACUGAUUAACUAAUACAAAGACCAUAUGGAUGCAGUAUUAAAACCGAUUUACAUACCAAAUGUGUUCAGUAUAUGAAAUAAGGUAGGUCAAAAACCAUGUCUAUUUGGUAUCGGGUUCAUAAUUUACAGUAGAUAGUUGAUUUUGUUGAUCGUUUUAUUUUAUCAGUGUUAUUGAUUUUGUUACCCUGUUCCUAGUUGAACUCCACUGGGUAUGUGUUGAAACUGUUUUAUCGAAAUGUUAAUAUUAACUGUAUUUUAAUUUAUAAACUGUUAUACUCUAUGAAAAGGUAUAUAUUCUCCAUAUUUAAUCAUUUCAAAUUUUAAUCAGUUAAAUGUUAUUGAAGAAAAGGGGGAAGUCUAAUUCAGUCAUUUAUCAGUUGAUAGUAACAUUUUAACUCUUAAACGAAAUACGUCAAGUUACCAUCUAUCCUGCAGUGCUCAUUUGUUUGGUAAUGUGCAUUCUAAAAAUUGUUCAUUUUCCCCUUAACUUAGAACUUAUGAAUAAACUUGGUUUAAACUUGGUUUGGAAUAAAAUUGUUCUGCUGAUCAUUGAAACAAUACCCAACUCAAAUCAACUUCUACUCUACAGACUAUUUUACAGUAACACCAGUAGCUAUACCAAAUUGCUUUAAUAUUGGCAAACUUUGAUCAGAAUUUGACUGCAUCAGUUUAAAACUUUUGCGAAAUAAUGAAAAUUAUAACUUAUUCGAGUGAUUCUUUGCAUUCAAAGCUAAAUAGAUAACAAAAUAAAUGGUUACAUACAUUAUUAUUUACACUAGUUCUUGAAUUGAUAUACAAAUAAAAAAAUGUAUAAUAAAUUCCAUAUACUGUUAUAACAGAUUAUUUGAUCAUGACCAAUGUUUUUCUCUGAAAGUCGUGUUCAGGCCUCUGUUGAAAGUUAAGAUUUUAUUUAUUGCAUUUCAUGUUACUGUUAUAUCAUAUUUUUACAUAAAAGUUAAAAGUCUACUAUUAGAGAUAAUCUAGCUCAUUAUUGCUUUAUUAAGUUUUUGUUUUAAUAGCUACAUAUAAAUAUCAUAUGGUUUUUGUUAUAAAUUGUUACUGGUAAUUUAUUUCAUUAAUACUAAUUUAUUGUUAUUGACGCUAUUUGCAAAUCGUAAAUGUUAACGUUACUUUGUAAGUGUUUGUCUAAUGUUAGAAAGUCAUUGCUAUACAUUUCUCAUAACUAUUCACUUGAAAAUCAUGCUUGAUAGAAUGUUUUUAAACUUGAUGUAUUGAAUCAAUAUUACUAGUAACAUAGCAAAUAAAAAAUAUGUGAGGGCAUAAAUAAUUUAUGAAUGUUGGGUUGAAUUAUACACAGAAAAACUUAUAUAUUUCGCUUUCGAAGAUUAGACACUAGGAUUUGAUGUUCGCUUUUAAGUAUUCUUAACACCAACAAUACUUCCAUAAAUAGAGUAUUGGAUAAUUGAUAAUUAUAUAACUGAUUUCUAUAAAAGAUAUUUCAAUAUUAUUUAGAAAAUUCACUCUGUCGAUUCUAGUAUAAGGUGCUUGCAAUGAAAAUGUCCUUACCAAAAUCUGGAUUAGUCAGUUUUAUGGGUUGGAUAUAAGAUAGAUGAUACAUGUAGUAUCAUAUACAAAAUGCAAUUAUGUUGAAUACUAAAAAAGGUCACAGUAUAAAAUAUCGUUUGUUAACAUUUUAAGGACACCUACAGAUUGUUCUAUGUUGGAAAAUGUUUGUUUACAAAAAGUUGAAGAAUAAAUUGUUUGUUUGACUAG